AUGAGAAUUAAAUUAGAUAACCGUAUACGUACGUUAAUCGAAAAUGGCAUUAUUAUGCGACAUCGUUCAAUGUUUGUUAUUAUUGGAGAGAAGGCUAGAGAUCAAGUAGCUACAUUAUAUCAAAUUAUGGUUAAAGCAAGUACUGCUCAACGUCCUACGGUCCUUUGGUGCUACAAAAACGAGUUGGAAUUUAAUUCACACAGGAAAAAGAAAAUUAAAGAAUUAAAAAAGAAGAAACAAGCUGGACUUGCUCAACCUAAAACGGACGAUUCCUUUGAACAAUUUAUUCUUUCAACUCACAUAAAUUAUUGCUAUUAUUCCGAAUCACAACGAAUUCUUGGAAAUACUUUUGGAAUGGCUGUUUUACAAGAUUUCGAAGCUCUAACUCCAAACUUGUUAGCUAGAACAAUCGAAACAGUUGAAGGUGGUGGUCUAAUUGUUUUACUUUUACAGAAUAUGCAUUCUUUGAAACAAUUAUACACUUUAACGAUGGAUGUCCACAAAAGAUAUCGAGCAGAAUUGCAUUCAGAAAUUAUCCCAAGAUUCAAUGAACGUUUUACACUUUCACUUUCAACGUGUUCAAAUUGUUUUGUUAUUGAUGAUCAUUUAAAUGUUUUGCCGAUAUUCUCUAAUGUUUUGAAUAUUACACCUUUACAUUCUAAUCAGAAUGACAAAGCAUCCUCCAAACAGCAACACGAAUUACAACAAUUAAAGGCAUCUUUAAAUGAUUCAAAACCUAUUGGCCCCUUACUAGCAAAAUGUAAAACUUAUUGUCAAGCAAAAGUACUACUUCAAUUACUCGAUGUUUCAAUGGAAAAACAAACAAAUUUAAAUUCAAUUUGUUCAAUAACAGCCCCUAGAGGAAGAGGAAAAUCAACGGCUAUGGGUUUAGCUGUUGCCGGAACUAUAGGUUUAGGCUUUUCAAAUAUUUGUGUUACUAGUCCAACACCUGAAAAUCUGUCAACUUUUUUUGAAUUUGUUUUGAAAGGUUUUGAAGCUAUUGGAUAUCAGGUUUUAUUUUUUAAAUUCCUUUUGAUCCCUCAAAUGUUAGGCUUGGAGUUAUCCCCUUUUCUAAAAAUCCCCUCUAAAAUUAUCUCUUUCUUCAAAACCGCUAUUAUGUUUUUUUUAAACAAAAUUUUUGUAGAAAAUUACCUUUUGAGGUUUCCUCAUUUUUGUCUCUCGGUCAAUCCGGCAUAUUUAAUGUAG